GGAUUCUCAAAAUCUACUAAACCCUUCUUCUGUUUGCAAUUGCAAAGACUCUCACCCCGGAAACACACACUCUCACUCAAAUUCACCCAAAAAACUUCACUUGGCAAUAACGGGUUUCAAACCCUAGAAAUCCAGUGAACAGGAUUGAGUUGCUACUUUUCGCCAUUGGAUAUUGUUGUGACUCGGGAGGGGGCUGAUGUGCAAGGCAUGAUCAUAAGAAAUAUUAAGUUCAUCAAGUCUGAAAACUUCUGCUUUAUUACGACAUAAGGACGCUUGGAUGGAAAACAAAAUACUUCCAUCUUCUUCUGGAGGGUACGACAUUGAUUCCUGUAGACCGCGUUUAGGCAAAAGGAUAUCAAGGCCAGUUGAUUUGCCUGAAUUUUCCUGGCCUCCAGAAUCAAGAUUAACAGAAGGUGGUCUACUCUUAGGAACUGCCACAGAAGAAAACAUUCGUGAAUUAACUGUAAACCGAUCGAACUCUGCCAAAAUGGUUGCUCUUCAUGGUGAUCAAUUUAAUUAUCAGAACAGUGUCGAAGGUUCUAAAUUAACAUAUAAUAGGAAGUCCCAAGAAAAUGAAGCUGAAAAACUACACCAGUACCCUUUAUGCAUGCAGUUGCAAUCUACACAGCACCAGCAUCCGCAUUGGAAAUCUGAUGUCCCAGCUGGGGAGAUGCCCGAAUCGCUAAAUUGGAUAUCAAAGAAAAGUAACAUGCCUGCACAAGCUGACACCGGUAGAUCUUCUUCAGAACCCGAUAAUUCGUACACUGAAAAAUCUCAAUUUCAUCCUGAUCAGGAAGAUUUGGCUUCUGGGAACCCUGUUGUCACCUCUAGGAUGCCAUUGGAAAUGCAUAAUGUUUCCCCUGGAUUUGUGAGAGAGGUUGGAACAGUUGAGCAGAAUUUUUCUCAGCACCAUACCUCAUAUGCUUUUCACGGAAGAGGUCCCGAGGAAGCUAAAAGAUUUGGGAAUUCCUGUGUUUUGGAACAAAGUCGUCAGUGUUCAAACAGCAGUGGAUGUAAUAAUCCCUCAUCUAGAGAUAUUCUCUCCUCAGGAGUCUCAGCUUCUACUGAACAAAACAUUGGUGGAAGGUCAUUGCAUAAUGAGGUUCAGAGUUCCAUUGGUUCUCUCGAUAAUGGUGUAGACAACUUACUUGAAAGUAGAGGAGGAAGUCAUAUGGAAGGUGCUAUGAAAAUGAAGGACCUGGAAGUAAUAGAUAAGGAGAACAUCAAGAGUUCUUUGACAGAUGACCUUUCCUCUAAAGAUGGCCAUCGUCCAUCAAAUGGUGUUCAACAUGUUGAAUCAAAGAAGUCAAAUCAUAGCUCUCAAAGAUUAGAUGAGAAGAGUAGGUUAUCGUCUAAUAAAAUGCCUCUUGCGGCUGAAAAGCUAUGGGAUGGAUCUCUUCAGCUAAACUCAUCUGUUACUGUGUCUGUGGUGGCUUUCUUCAAAAGCGGUGAGAAGUUGCUUGAUAUCAGCUGGUCUGAAUUUGUAGAAGUUAAAGGGAAAGUAAGGUUAGAAGCUUUCGAAAAGUACAUUCAAGAUCUUCCUCGUUCACGCAAUCGGGGACUGAUGGUAAUUUCUCUAUGCUUCAAGGAGGGAUCUUCUGGAAAAGGACUCAAGGGCAUGAAAGAGGUUGCAAAAGGAUAUAUAAAAGGUGAGAGAGUCGGGUUUGCACAACUCUCUCCAGGUGUUGAUCUUUACCUUUGUCCUCGGAGCGAUGCAAUUAUCACUAUUCUUGCAAAAUAUGGUUUCUUUAAGGGAAUGGCAGCAGUGGAAGGAAACUCUGAGUUGAUGAUUGGUUGUGUUGUAUGGCGGAAGAAUCGAACAGCUUUGACUUCUGUUGCUAAAAAAUCUGAGGGAAAGGUUAAUUCCUCGCAGGAGCAGCUUCAAAAGUCACCAUCUGAUUCUUCUACGUUGCAAGGUGGAGGACAAGGUUCUUUACCUGUGCCAUCAGUUGAGAACUCAAAACCAUCUGCCCCAGUCAGCUCUUUCUCAUCGCUUGAACAAGCAAACACUACUGAUGACAAGAACGUUGGUAUUGAUUCCUCAAGCAGGACAACCUUAACAACUUCCGGUGUGAAGUCACCCACUUUUCAGCAAAAAGAAUCUGAACUUUCCAGCUCGCAUCUUUGGGGAUCUAAGGGGCACUUCUUGGAACCACUCAAGGAAAGUACGGACCUCCCAAAGGCUGUAACAUCACUGCUGCCUGAUGCAUCAAAACCAAAAGUGGCGUUUUCAGAAGAUGACGAUCUCCCUGAAUUUGACUUUGGAACUGCUAGUGGAAUAUCUUCAAGUUCCCACCGUUCUGAUGGAUCCAUUCUGGACAGUCGACUUCAACUUUCUGGAAGUAGGAUUCUAGAUAUGUCUAAACAGCCAACCAUACCUAUAGCACCCUCAGUUUCCACGAGUAUUCCUAGGUCAAUAUCAUCUCUCAGUCAAAGUAUGCCCCUAGCUAAAAAUGUCGCUGACCACGGACACCCAAAGUCCAUUGGUGGUCCAGUGGCAGUUACAGCUUACGCCUCUGGUUUACCACUGAUUCCGCUUGAUAACUCUGGCAAGAAGAGUUUAUUUUGUGAUGAUGAUAUGCCUGAAUGGUUGCCACCAGAUGCUCAGGAUGAAAGAAGAAAUGAACAACCAGGGAACUUUCCCCCUGAAUCUUCAACCUCAACCUCAAGAAAGUUGCCACCUUUGCCCACCGGAUCAGUGUACCCUUAUCCAUCUUCCACCACAAUGCAUAGUGGUUUUCCUUCCCGACCAUCUCCUCCACUAUACCAUCUUCCUGCCAAUUCCAAAGUGCCACCCCCCAUACCCUCUCAAACUGGUCCUAGUUAUUUGACAGGAUUCACCUUUAAUCCAGCUCCAAGGCCACAGUCUAGUUCACUUCCUACUGACAGUUCUUUGCAGCAUGCCGAUAAAAGAGUAAGAAGGUCUUGAUAAUAGCAUGCAAACUCAAUCAACAGUAAACGAUUUAUUUGAAAGCUGUACAUAUGCAUGAAUAGCAGGUUCAUGGAUAGGAGUAAAUUGUGACAGGUUAUAUAGUUGGUUUUUCUUUCCUUUUUC